AUGGCUGUCGUCGAAAUAAGCUCUACAGAAUCUACUACAAAGACCGAUGAAAGCUCCAGUGUGACUGUAGAGAGAGCCCAAGGUCGAAAAUCGCUGGCAGGGAUCAUAUACCGCCCACCCAUCGAUGCACAGCCUGGUCACUACAAGAAUUCACCGCCGUCUGGUCCACUCGAGUCACGAAUAAUCCGAUCGGUCGGUUCGGAUUUCAAGAAGAAGUCGACGAAUGCGGUACUGGAGGUACUACUCGAUGAACCUCGCGUUAGUAUUCGCAGCCGGCUUAGAAAGAGCUCGCAAAUCGCAUGCAACUCUUCUGACCAGGAUGAUGGUAUGAGGGAUUCACAAAUAAUACGUCAAAGCGCGAAGCGGAUACGUAUUCGAUCUCCCAAACUAUUCAAAUUCUUCGCAUCCAUCCCAGCUUCCGUUGGAAAUAGUUUCAAUAUGCCCGGAACCACGUCUGUUGUACGUUGUCCAACAAUUUAUAGCCUCCUUUUCUUGGUCCUGCGUUCUGAUUAUCAUAUCGAUCAGGUUUUUCUCUAUCCAUUCAAGCUUUUCAUCGUCCUGGAGCCUUACAUUAGAAGGCAAUUUCUUGAACUAGAACAUGAAGACCAAGAGCGCCGCAAGAACGAAACUCACAGCUUGGAAGGGAGGAAAGACUCUCCCAAGAGUGGAAUUAAAUUCAGACCAGUCUUCGAUCAACAAAGCUCUUUCGAGCGUAUUGUAACUGAUGACGAAGAGACACUUCGACACCUUCGACUUCUCAUCGAGGUUUUUGAUACCGAUCUGAAACAUCUGCUUGAAACACGUCGUCAAAUCCAGGAGCGCAGAUGCACAACUAUAGCGUAUGCCGAUCUCUGGCUACUCUUCGAGUACGGUCAAGAUAUCAUAACGCCAGGCUCUAAAGUACAAGUUUACCGUGUCUUACGGUGGACAGGAGGCCGCGAAAUACUCGCAAAGCAUGGCUUGUACUCUGAACUACAAGCUCGCGCCAUUGUUGAUGCUCAAUCUGUUCAGCGCGCCGAUGUCAGGAAUAGCGCCUUCGUUGUAGAAUGUAUAAAUUUUGAAUUUGACGGAGAACAAUACGGCCCCAUGCAAAAAACCUUUUCGAUCCGGAAAUACGAUGGGAAGAAGCCAAUUACAAGCCUUUCGGUGUACCCGUUGGCGUUCGCCCAAGACAGCGAGCUGAUCCGGAAACGAUUGACAGAACGAGGAAAUCUAUAUCUACAGCUUUCGCGAUUCAAUGAGGGGUCGCAUAAGCAUUAUUCGGGUCUUACACUCGAUGAACCUCAUGAGCAGGGAAAUACCAGAGAAGCAGUAUUCCGCACUUAUACAGGUCUUUCUCCUAUUGGGAUUGGCAAUUUGACCGAGCACAAUCUUCGUGAAACCUACGAGGAGACAGUGAACCCCACGGUCACAAAUGGAAUAUGCUCCGAAGACGAUUGUUGCGACAAUGAGAAUGUUCAUAAAGACUAUGAUUGGGACAUGCAACGAGAGGAACAAUUCUUCGAUGAACACAAGAUUAUCUUAGCGCCAACUACGGAUCCGAACGAUAUUGAAGAUGAAGAGAAGAUCCUUUUGCCGCCGUUUGUCUACGGCUUUGCCUUGCGCAACCGGAAAUGGGCAAUGUUCGACAUCGAUCUCAUCAGAGACGUGGACUACAGUAGUGGAUUUGAAGACUUAGUCCUACCUCCUGGUCACAAGGAGACUGUGCGUGCGUUAGUUGCUAAUCAUUCGCGUGUGCCCGGCCCAAGGAAUGGGGUAGAGCAAGAAGAUCAUUCAAUAGACUUGGUGAAAGGCAAAGGCACGGGUCUUGUCAUUCUCUUGCACGGUGCCCCCGGAGUCGGAAAGACCUCUACUGCCGAGUGUGUUGCAGACAGCACAAAACGACCCCUUUUUCCUAUCACGUGUGGUGACAUAGGUGAUACAGCAUCAGAGGUCGAGACCAACCUCGAGAAAAAUUUCCAAUUAGCACACAAGUGGGGAUGCGUGCUAUUGCUUGACGAGGCCGAUAUUUUCCUGCAGAAACGAGACAAAACUGAUAUGAAACGCAACUCUGUGGUCUCGGUAUUCCUGAGAACAAUGGAAUAUUAUAGUGGUAUUCUGUUCCUAACCACUAAUCGCGUUGGCAUAUUUGAUCAAGCAUUCCGAUCUCGUAUUCACAUCAGUCUCUAUUAUCCAGGGCUUCAAAAGGAGGCGACCCUGCAGAUUUGGAAAAUGCAUCUAGUGCGUACGCAGAGGUCGAAAAACGAGCACUUCAAAAUCCGGACCAAAGAGAUACUGAAGUUUGCCAAAACUCACUAUAUCGAGCUCAAGAAAGCUAAUGCUGGGAGUUGGAACGGCAGACAAAUUCGUAACGCCGUUCAGACUGCUAUUGCUCUUGCCGAAUUUGAGGCCAGUCAGCAAGGCACUAUCGACAAGAAUGGCUCCCAAGUGUACAAUGUCGAACUCAGUGAGCGGCAUUUUGCUACCGUGGCCAAGGCGUCUAGGGAUUUCGAUAAGUAUCUUCGGAGUGCAUUAGGAGGUCAGACGGAUGCCGACGUCGCAAGACUCGAGCAGACAAGGGUAGAUGACUUCCACAAGCUCGUAGAAAGCAUGAAGCUUGAGCAAAGGACAAGAGAUAAGGGGAAACGAAAACCGAGAAUAGAAUUUGACAGUGAAGAUAGCGCGCCGCUUGAUUCGGAAGACAGUGAUGAUGACAGUGAAAGCAAGAGCAGUAAUGGGGAAAGCUCGGAAGCUGACCAGAUUCCUGUCAAGCUAGUUAAGAGCAACCAGGAAACAAAGAACAAGAAAUCGAGGAAAUAG